GUUCAACCUUUUUGUUAGGACGCAAUAAAAAAAAAAAAACGACCUGGGUUGUUAUGGACUUGAGCCAUAUCUGUAAAACAGACUGGAUGUGACCUUGUGACCCCUGGUUGCCAGGGAGAGAGCGGUGGGGCCAUGGCUGUUGGGGCUACAGUCGGGGAGAGCCAACUCCAGAGGAUUAUCAGAGAUCUGCAUGAGGCUGUUUCAGAGCUUGCAAAGGAGUACAGGGAAAGUGGGGAGCCAAUCACAGAUGACAGCACCAACCUGCACAAAUUCUCCUACAAAUUGGAAUACCUGCUACAGUUUGACCAGAAGGAGAAGACCACAUUUCUUGGAACAAAGAAGGAUUAUUGGGAUUACUUCUAUGACUGUCUGGCUAAGAUCAAAGGUGCCAAUGAUGGCAUCCGCUUUGUCAGAUCCAUCACGGAGCUGAAGACAUCUCUGGGGAAAGGACGAGCAUUUAUACGUUACUCCCUUGUACAUCAGCGACUAGCUGACACCCUGCAGCAGUGCCUUAUGAACCAGAGAGUCACCAGUGACUGGUACUAUGCAAGAAGCCCCUUCUUGAAGCCCCACCUUAGUGUUGAUAUAAUCAGUCACCUGUACGAACUUAAUGAGGUCCAGUUUGAUGUGGCUUCCAGAGGUCAUGAUCUUGAUGCUUCCUGGCCCACUUUUGCACGGAGAACACUGGGAGGUGCAAAUUCACCUGGCCACUUCUGGAAACCACCCAGUCGCAGUUCCAGUAUUAACAGUCUAGCUAGCACCUACUCCCAGCAAGCACAUGAGUUCCCAUCUAGCCCUGACUAUGGUCAAGGUCUGAUGAAUGACCUGAACGAGUCUCUGCCUGCCUGUAGAGAAGAUGCCAGCACAGUUGAAGACCUUCGCCUGGAGCUGGACCAGUCAGAGCUGAAGCAGCGAGAGCUCCUAGAUAAGAUGCAGCAGCUGGGCGAUGAGGCUGCUGAGCUAAGGAGCGUAGUUGUAGAGCUCCAGAGGCAACUGGAUAUGUCCCUUUCUGCCCAAGAAAAGCAGCAGGGCCUGCAGGGUGAACUGAAGGCUGUUCAAGGGAGAGAGGAAGCACUGUCCAGAGAGGUGGAAGUGUUCAGAAAUAGGGAAAAGGCCAGGAAGGCUGAACAACAACUGCUCCAGGAAAAGCUGGCAACUGCUGAGGGGAAGAACAUAGAGCUCUUGGCCAAGUUGGACGGAGUUCUGAAUGAGAAGGGCCAGCAGGCAACCAGUUACUUUGAUUCAGCUCAAAAGAUACAUGAAUUGCUGGACAGAUUAAAAGAGGCAGAGAAAGGCAAGAUGGAAGCUGUAGCUGAAUUAGAGGAGAAGAAGAGAGAGGCUGAGAGGCUAGAGGAUGAGCUGAGAGUCAAGGAGGCAUCUGCAAGGGAUGGUGAAACAAAACUGGAAGCAUUAGUUGCAUCUGCAUCUGAGGAGAAGACCAAGUUGGAGGCAAAAGUAGAGGAACAGUGCGGUGCCCUUGAUAAGCUGCAAGGGGCCUUGACUUUGAGAGAGAAGGAGGCGAGCAACCUACAAAGGCAGCUGCAGGACCUCCAGAGAUCUCUAGAUGAGAAGGAGGAAGAGGUGGAGGACGUGAAGAGGAGGGCACACCAAGAUAAAGAUGAAAUGCAGAAGCAUGCUGAUGGCUUAAAGGAGUCUCUAGAAGCACAAGUCACCGCCCUGAAGGAACAGCUAAAGGGGAAAGAGACAGAACUUACCUCCAGCUGCGAGACUCUACAGCAGCUAGAAUCCAAGAACCAAAGCCUGACCAAAGAGAAGGACAAACUGACCACUAACAUUGUUGAGCUGGAGAGUAACGUCAAAGAAAAAGCAACGAAGAUAGAAGACUACAAGACGCAGUGCGCCAAUCUCAUGGAACUAAAUGAGAAACUGCUGACUACAGUGAAGAGGAAUGAGGAGCUGAAGAAGGAGAUGGCAGAAAACAGAGUGGUGCUUGAAAAUGAAUUAGCAGCUUUAAGGGCCUCUGAAAAACAGCUUCGCAGCCAGCUGGAUGACACUAAGAUGACAGUGGAUGAAAAAGAGAAGCACUUGCGUGAGGAGAAUCGCAAGCUGGAUGAGAGUCUGCAGCGAGCCACCAUGGCCACAAAGGUUUCAGAGAGCACAUCAAAGCGUCUAGAGCAGGAGAACCAGAGUCUGAAAGAGGAGCAGGACACUGUGAAAGCAGCUCUUAGCCGCAUGCAAGCUGAUCUGAAGGGUGUUUAUGAGCAGAUCGGAGAGCUGGAGAAGAAUUUAGGAGCUUCACGCAAGAAUGAAGCAACCCUCCAAGAACAGCUCCAAGCCAAAGAGGCCCAGCUAGAGAGUAAAGAGAAGAAUCUUGUUGAGUUGCAGUCUAGAUUAAAAGCUUUGGAGGCCAGGGAGAAGGAGCUUCAGAUUGCCAAAGCUGAUGUAGAAACAACCUGUGCUAAACAGACAGCAGUGAUUGAAAGGAUUACCUCUGAGAGGCAGGCAAUGAAGAAAUCUCAGUUGGAGAGGAGCGCAGUCCAAGCAAAGGAGAGCCAGGAAGUAACGGGCAAACUGACUGUGGUUGAGGGCCAGUUGGAGGUAAGCAUGAAAGAAGUGUCCAGACUCCAGGCAGAGAUCCUGGACCUCAGGGUGCAGACAAAGAGGUCUGAGGAGGAAAAGUUAAAAUCACAAGCACAGCUGGAGGUUACAGAGGCCCAAAGAAAUGAGCUCAGGACACUGACAGAGCAGCUCAAAUCUCAGACAGAGGCCCUGAAUCAGAGGCACAUCACAGAGCUCAUGGAGUAUAAAAAGAAAGAACAGGCACUGAUUGAACAGCGUGACAGAGAAGUAGCUUCUCAUGCCGAGUUGGCUAUCUCUGUGGCUGCCAUCCGAGCAGAGCUCUCCAGCCUCAAGGCAGAAAAUGACAGACUUGCCACAGAGAACAGCGAGAUACGUGAGGGCCUACAUAGGGCAAACACAGAGAUGGCGGAGCUGGGGAUGACCAUUUGUAAGCUUAGUGCAGAAAAAGAGGAGGUCAGAGAGCAUUGGGAAGGGGACACUGCCAGGAUUGAAGAGCUGGAGAAAGAAGUGGAGCGAAUAGAAGAGACCAUGACAGAGCUACGGUUGGAAAAUACCAAACUAAAAGAGGAGUUAGCUGAGAAAGAGGGACUUCCGGAGUCCGUUGUGGAGCUCCAGGAGCAGCUGGAAAAGUCCAGGAACCAAGUGCAAAGUGCCAAGGACUCCAGCCGAGAGGAGGCAGAGGCCAUCAGGUUCCAGAUGAGCUCAGAGAGCAUGAAUCAUCAGGUCCAGAUGAAGAGUGUGAAUGAGCAGCUGGACAAGGUGAGAGCCCAGCUGGCGGAGGAACUGAAGAAUGUGUCCAGUUUGAAAGCCAAAGUGUCUGAACUAGAGGCAGUGAAUGAGCAGUACUUGCAGCUAACCAGCGAGAAAGAUGCACACAUCACAAAGACAGAAGAAACCAUUCUUGAGGGUGAGCGCGAGAUUCAGCAACUGAGAAAUGCUGUAACAAGUGCCGAAGAAGCACAUUUGGCUAUGCAAACAGCCUGCGAGGAAUUGAAGCAGAAACUCAACAAAACAGAAGCUGACAAACAAAACCUGUGCCUGACGAUGGCUGCAGAGAUCGACGACCUCAACAGAACCAAGACCAACCUUGAAGAGCGGCUUAUUGAGCUCAUAAGGGAUAAAGAUGCUCUGUGGCAAAAGUCAGACGCCCUGGAGUUUGAGCAGAAACUGCGAGCAGAGGAACGCUGGUGGUUAGUGGAUAAGGAGGCCACGCACUGCCUCAGUUGUCAGGGCCAGUUCACCUGGUAUCUGCGCAGACAUCACUGCAGGCUUUGUGGUCGCAUCUUCUGCUACUACUGCAGCAACAACUUUGUGUUGACCAAGCAGAGUGGGAAAAAGGAGCGCUGUUGCGGGGAGUGCUAUACCCAAAACAGUGCGGUGGUGGAAAGGUUCACAGAGGCAGAGCUGAGUCCAUCAGACACUCAGCCUCCUCCACCUGGAGCUGGACCUCAGCCACCUCCUGAACGAGCCCCAUAUAAACCCAUGCCCAGGGUAACAGUUUCAGAUCCCAGCAACAGAUCUGAAGAUGGAGUUUUUGACAUCAUCACAGAAGAGGAAGUGAAUGGCGUCUACGACAGUGACACCAACUCCCAGACAACAGGAGGCUCCCAGGAAGGAGAACAAGACCAACAUCCACACAUAGGCACAGGAGACGUGAGCCCUGAUGAUCCUGAAGAACAUGUUCCUACUGUUCAGGAUUCAGAAAUUUACCUUCUCAAAUCAGGAGAAGUCACGAUGGCUGUCUCUCUCAGCGUUGAUGAUAUUUCUCAGUUUGGCGAUGGUUCCAGGGAACUCUUCAUCAAGUCCAGCUGUUACAGUGUGAUAACUGUUGAAGUGUGUGACAGCGGGCAAACCAUCAGCUGGAUUUUUUCUUCAGAGCCAAAGAGCAUCUCCUUUAGCGUGGUUUACAGGGAGUCUACUGAUGCUCAGGUGGAACAAUCAAAGGUCCUGAUUCCUCUGACUCGCUGCAAUUCCCAUAAAGAGACAAUUCAGGGACAGCUGAAAGUCCGACACCCCGGCUUCUACAUGCUCGUCUUUGACAACUCUUUCUCACGGUUUAUCUCCAAGAAGGUCUUCUACCAGCUGACCAUGGAGAAGCCCAUAAUCUAUGAUGGAAGUGACUUUCCCUGAAGCUGGAUUACACACACUCCCACAGAGGCGUCAGCAUGAUGUCACUGUGACAGCUAGAGGGAUACUGGAGAGUCUGAAGCUGGCAAUUCAGUGACUGUUUUUAUUUUUUCUUGCUCAUUUGCUCCCAAAAGCUGUUUUUAUCCAAGUAUUCAAAAAUGUAUGUCUUAUUUAACUCUGUGGUUUUAAUGUUUUGAGGUGUGCUCAUGCCCAAGUGAAGAGCUGGACGGAAGGGGUUAUAGAAAAGUAAGAUAAAUGUUUAUCCAAGUUUUAUCAAGUUUUUUUUUUUAGUUUUUUUUUUGAAAAGGAUACCAAGUAAUAUUCAUAACAUUAGUUCAGCUAGGUUUAAAUGAGUGAGUUGGUAAAAUGUCUCAUUUUAUUUCUUUCUGUAAUGUUUGUUGGUAUUUUAUUAAUUUUGGUUUGACCUCUGUUUUCCUAAAUAUGUUGUCAUGUUUGGGAAUGCAGAUUGCUGCAACACUAGAAGUAAAAAAAAAUAUGAUUUAAAAAAACAAAAACAAAACGGUUGACAGAAGACAAAUAUUUAUCUGCAAAACUUCUCUAUGAAGACCCAGGAAGGAUUUUAGACAUCUGCAAAAAUAAUGGCCAGUUUCAAGUGACUUUUUAAUCAAAUGGCCAAAAGAGGCAAAGAAAGUGCAGACGAGUGGUUUGCCUGUGGCUUGUUUAUUAAUUGACUUGCCUGUGUUUGCACUUGGCCAGUGCAGGAAGGAAACAAUACAAUAAUUAGCAACUGGCCUGGAAACAUAUAGAGUCUGUUUAAUAACGAAGCAUAUGCACUUUGGGCAAAUCUCAGGAGUGGGACAUAAAAUUGUCCUCCAGUGGUGUCCUAAUUUUAUGUUUUUGGAGAACACUUUCUGUUUAAGGAGACCUACAAACCAACUUUCUCCAUCCAGUUUAAAGUAUCUAAUCAAGCUGAUUGGCUGCACUUACACAGGCUGACCUUAUGUGUCAUUACAGUGACAUUCAGUAUAUUAGUAAUUGUCAGCUGACAAGCUACUGUACUUUCAAAGUGCCUUUUAACUCUGAUUGCCAGGAUCAAAAUAUGCACAAUAUUAUGUAUUUCAAUUAAUUCAGUUGAAAUUAUUUUUCAGUUUGGAUUUCAUCUGUAUCUCUGAACUCUUUUUGUCACAUGUAUAGAUAACCCUCAGCACUGUACACUCUCAGUGAUCAAAUGGGUUUGAUUAUCAUGUGCUGUUUAUUGUUUUGUUUUUUUUAUAGCUAAGCAAUAAGAAAAAAGCGAGCUUUGUUACUUUGGGACACAACCAUUCACUACUUAAUGAAGCAAGGGCUUAUCUCUAUGCUGCUUUUGUAGAGAUCUGUUUGUGUUUCACACUCAGAUCUCUGUUAUAUUUUUGAUCUGUGUAAAUUGGUGCAAUUUGUAUGCAAAGCCUCAUGUUUUCUCUACCGAGCUGCACUUUGUGAUAAUUAUUUUAUAAGUUUACAUGAUCUUUGUCAAAGAAUUCACACAGGGAACGAUUUUUGCUACUUGCUGUUUUUGAAAGAUAAUUUUAGAGGAGUAAAUGCAUAAAUCAUCAUUACAAACACUCAGCAAUAAAUCUGUCAAACAUCCAGCGAACAUGAAUAAAACGUGAGAGUGGUGAUCCUUCUGACAUUCA